AUGGUUGAUGCCAUAAAAAAUGGAUGGCGUGAUAGUUGUGGAGGUUUAAGCAAGUUAACUGUGGAGAAGAUGAUACUUCCUGCUCUGAAUGAAAAGCUUGGGUGUCAAAGAUCGUAUGCACAAUACCAAAGCAGAUUGAAAUGGUUCAAGAAUCGUUUUAACAACUUUUCUGAGCUUAUGCGUCAUAGUUCUGGAUUUGGUUGGGAUCCAAUAAAAAAGAGGUUUACAGCUAGUGAUGAGGUGUGGGAAGAUUAUUUGAAGUCUCGUCCUACUCAUAAACACUUACGGACCGAUACGGUUGCUGACUAUGAAGAUUUAGCAUUUGUAUUUGGAAGUACUACUGCCAUAGGAAAAAACUCUAUUGGAUUGGGUGAUGAAACUGAUGCAAGAAUCUAUAAUGUUGAAGAAGAUAAUCAACAUAGAAUUGAUCAACUACAUUUUGAUUUUGUUAACGAUGGAUUUACACAAAAUGAUAUACAAUUGUUUCAUUAG